ACACACACACACACACACACACACACACACACACACACACACACACACACACACACGUUUAUAUGCUACAAUUAGAGAACAUUAAUUUGCAGUGGUCACAUGUUUCUCUCAGAAGAUACAUUUGCCCUUUCGCCUGUUUCUUUUGAGAAAGCAAGCAUUGUUGAGACUGGAAUAAGGAUCAAAGAAGAUGCCAUUAGAGUUCCAGAUGACUUGAAGAGUCCGUUUGAUGCCAGCAUUUCUGUUGAGAAAGAUGUUCUCACUUUCACAAGACUGGUUUUGGGAUAUGGUCAAUACUCUUCGUUGAAGUAUGAGACACUAUUUAAGAGAAACAAUUAUACAGUGAAGUUUAGAGGAGACGAGGAUGCAUAUGCAGAAAUAUUGUAUUUUCUGUCUGUUGGAACGUGGAAAGAUGAGACGUUUGAACGUGAACUAACAGCAGCAGUUGUUCAUCCACUAAGAAAUGUUGGGCCUUGUGUUAUUGUUGAAACAGCUAUGCAAGAUGAAGUGAUCACAAACUGGCCGAGUCCUGUAGUUAGAGUGUAAAAGCUAGAAUAUCUUGAGCUACGUUCUGUAAAUAGAUUACUUUGCAAAUGUGCAUCAAUACUUGUAAGGGGAGACAUGUACAUUGUUGAAGCUCCCAAUGACAUUGAAGUUGAUCUGUAAUCAUAGAGAUGGUGUACUUGCUAGAUAGUAGUGUGGUGUACUUGAUAGAUAAUUAGCUUCAUGUUUGUGGUUAGAAUGAGAGUUUGCGCAGUUAACUGUCACUCGUUCGUUGUAUAGUUUGACGUUGGUACAGUAGUACACAAUAAACGGCUAGU